CCCACUCUGCCCUGCCAGAGGCAGACAUGGUGCCCCUGCUGCUGCUGCCCCUGCUGUGGGGGGGGUCCUUGCAGCAGCCACCACGCUAUGAGCUCCGAGUGCAGGAAUCAGUGACGGUGCAGGAGGGUCUGUGUGUCCACGUGCCCUGCUCCUUCUCCUACCCGGGGAGUCCGUGGUCUUCCUCUAGUGAACUGUACACCUUCUGGUACCGGGACUGGGACAACACAGAUUAUGCUGCUCCUGUGGCCUCGAGCAACCGGAAUAAAACAGUGAAGAGAGAGACCCGAGGCCGCUUCCUCCUCGCGGACCCCAAGACCAACAACUGUUCCCUGCAAAUCAGAGACGCCAGGAGGAGUGACUCAGGACGCUAUGUCUUCCGAGUGGAGAGAGGAGAUUCUGUGAAAUAUAAUUACAAAGAGAAGAUGCUGGAUUUGCAGGUGACAGCCCUGACAGAGAAACCCCACAUCUGGAUGAGGGAGCCUCUGGAGUCCGGCCGCCCCACACAGCUGGCCUGCAGCCUGCCAGGGGCCUGCGAAGGGGGACGACCUGUCACCUUCUCCUGGGCGGGAGCCACUGUGGACUCGCUGGACCCCCAGACCCUCCGCUCCUCGGUGCUCACCUUCACCCCGAGGCCCCGGGACCAUGGCACCAGCCUCACCUGUCAGGUGAAACUCCAAGGAUCUUGGGUGGCCACGCAGAGAACCAUCCGGCUCAAUGUCUCCUGCCCCACCCCAGAGCUGGGCACUUCGCUCCCUGACACAGGGACCUGGACCCGCUCUGUCCUGCCAGAGGCAGACAUGGUGCCCCUGCUGCUGCUGCCCCUGCUGUGGGGGGGGUCCCUGCAGAAGCAGCAGCAGCCAGACUAUGAGCUCCGAGUGCAGGAAUCAGUGACGGUGCAGGAGGGUCUGUGUGUCCACGUGCCCUGCUCCUUCUCCUACCCGUGGAGUCCGUGGUCUUCCCCUAGUGAACUCUACACCUACUGGUACCGGGACGGGGACAACACAAACUCUGCUCCUCCUGUGGCCUCGAGCAACCGGAAUAAAACAGUGAAUAGCUUGACCCAAGGCCGCUUCCUCCUCGCGGAUCCCACGACCAACAACUGUUCCCUGGACAUCAGAGACGCCAGGAGGAGUGACACAGGACGUUACGUCUUCCGAGUGGAGAGAGGAGAUUCUGUGAGAUAUAAUUACAUAAUGAAGAAGCUGGAUUUGAAGGUGACAGCCCUGACAGAGAAACCCCACAUCCGUGUACGGGAGCCUCUGGAGUCCGGCCACCCCACACAGCUGGCCUGCAGCCUGCCAGGGGCCUGCGAAGGGGGACGACCUCUCACCUUCUCCUGGGCGGGAGCCUCUGUGGACUCGCUGGACCCCCAGACCCUCCGCUCCUCGGUGCUCACCUUCACCCCGAGGCCCCGGGACCAUGGCACCAGCCUCACCUGUCAGGUGAAACUCCAAGGAUCUUGGGUGGCCACGCAGAGAACCAUCCGGCUCAAUGUCUCCUAUGCCCCUCGGAAACUCAUCAUAGGCGUCUCUUUCAAAAACAACACAGUCUUCAAGAUUCUGCAAACCACAUCCCUUCACAUCCUGGAGGGAGAGGCCCUGAGGCUGCGCUGUGAGGCUGACAGCAACCCCCCUGCCGAGCUGAGCUGGUUCCGGGGGUCCCCAGGCCUGAACGCCACCCCCCUCUCCAGCACCGCGAUCCUGGAGCUGCCUCGCGUGGGGCCUGCACAGGAAGGAGAGUUCACCUGCCAAGCUCGGCACCCGCUGGGCUCCCACAGUGUCUCUCUCAGCCUCUCUGUGGUCUACCCCCCGCAGCUGCUGGGACCCACCUGCUCCUGGGGGGACCAGGGUCUGCACUGCAGCUGCUCCUCCAGGGCCCAGCCGGCCCCCUCCCUGCGCUGGCGGCUGGGGGCGGGGCUGCUGGAGGGGAACCAUGGCAACGCCUCCCACGUGGUCACCUCCAGCUCAGAGGGGCCCUGGACCAACAGCUCCCUGAGCCUCAAGGAGGGGCUCAGCCCUGACCUCAGACUCAGCUGUGAGGCCUGGAAUGUGCAGGGGGCCCAGAGCGUCUCUGUCCUGCUGCUGCCAGAUCAGGGCCUGCUGGGGGCAGAGGCGGGAGUGGUUCCUGCGGCUCUCGGAGGUGCUGGUGCCAUGGCCCUGCUGUCCCUGUGCUUGUGUCUCAUCUUCUUUUGCAUAGUGAAAGCCCGCAGGAGGCAAGCAGCCGGGAGACCAAAGGUCACGAAUGAUGAAGACCCUGUGAUGGGCACAGUCACCUGGGGCUCCCAGAAAAACCUCCCGCCGGACGGGCCCCCAGACCAAGCCUCACCUGCUGAGAAGGGCCCUCUGUCGGGGGAGCAGCAGGAGCUCUACUACGCCAACCUCACCUUUGAGGGGCUGAAGCCACGGGAGCCUCGGGACCAGGAGGCCACCAGCACCCAGGAGUACGCAGUGGUCAAGCGCAGAGGCCAAUGA